AUGGGUCGCAAGCGUGGAGGCAAUGCUGAGAGCAAGCUGUGUUGGCACUGCGGCGGCCGCGGUCACGACCAGAGCCAGUGCACCGCCAUCCUUUCCGGAGAUGCCAGGCAUUGCUUCCUGUGCCGCUCCCUCGAUCAUAUGAGUACAGAGUGCCCUCUGCGGAGCAAUGAGCCCAAGCAGAAGGAUCCGCCCUGGGUGAAGGAGUUGCGCCAAGUUGGCCAGGUGGAAAACGCGUCCUCGCGCUUGAGCGUGGUGAUUACCACCAGCCCGGUGCCCAGCCAUCCGGCCACCAUGAUGCUGGAGGCGGUGAUCGCAAGCUUCCAGCGGGUGAAGGGCCUGGCGCAGUGUCCGCUCAUCAUCGUUUGCGACGGCUUCAAGGUCUUCAAGAAGACCACCUGGAAAGCUGGAAAGGUCACUGACGAGAAGGCGGCCAACUAUGAAGAGUACAAGUCCAAUCUGAAGAAGCUGCAAGACGACGGACGCCUACCGGCGGGCAGCAAGCUGGUGAUUCUGGAGGGCCACAAUGGACAGGCCAUGGCUGUGAAGGCCGGCCUCAAGGAGGUGGACACGCCUUUGGUCUGCAUCCAUCAGCACGAUCUGGAGUUCACCUUCGAUUUCGGCCUCGACACGGUUCUCGACUUGCUGGAGGACGGGAGCCCCGUGAAGUAUGUGGGCAUGCCCCUCCUGGUGAACCUUCACUAUGAGGGCAUUGCCUUCCAACAUCACGGCGUCCGCGUAAAGCCGGAGCUGCAUGAGGGGCUUAGCUUGAUGCCGAUCAUCUUCUGGUACGACAGCACUCACAUCACCUCAGUGCGGCACUACGAGUCCUUGGUCUUUGGCCCAGACGAAAGCUACGCGCCCGGGAACUUUGUGGAGGAGACCUUUGGUGUCCGUCAAAGGAACGACAUCAUGGCCAACGGAAUGUCUGCACAUCCUAAAUAUGGGACGUAUCACUACAUCUCCCACAGCGUGGAUGGCUCACGGCGGCCCCUCAUCAUGCACCUCAACGGCGUCAGGUUCCUCACGCCGGAGCAGCGGCUUGCGCUGGGCUUUCCUCCAGAUCCUCCGGUGGAGUUCUAUCCUUCCCGCACCAUGACCAGUCGAAGGCAACGGAAGGCGCUUCGAAUCGGUUCCGCUCGAGUCGGUUCCAGCGGGGUUGCCUUGGCGUUCGGUCGCGCGUAA